ACCGGCUUAGUCAAGUAACCACGAAAGCUUAACAUGACUGAUAUACAAUUAUAUCGGGAUAAAACGGGGAGCUUGCCCUAGUGAGUGACAUUAGACGAUGGACAACGAAAAGAGAAAACGACUCUGACUCUUUCUGUUUGUUUACAGUUUGUCGCACUGGGCACAAAAGGAACCCGCUAGGCACAGAUUCAUGGCAGGGAACACAGAUCACUGGGCAAAGAUGAAACAUAAGGUAGACUGGAAAAAUAUAGAUUAGAUUGUAGCAGAAGAUUAUUUAAAGUUAACUAAUUUCCCUUAACGCGAACUCGAUAGUAAUACACAACGAUAAGAUCGGUUGUUAGGCAAAUGGCGGUGGUUUCCAAGCUCGGGUUUCUAUUAGUCUGUUUAUCUGCCAGUUUUCACGUAGAACCGAUUAAGGUUGCAUAGCUCUUUGAUAAAACGGCGUAAUUUUGCAACGAUCGACGAACUAUCGAACUGAACUGUUGAAAAAUCCUCUAGAAAUGUCACGCCAAAGUUUCUAAGCAGCUGGAUACUGAUAAUUUGAUUACCUCACGGCAGAAAACGAAAUAUUGGGGGCUUGGGACUGUUUCUAUGUUGAAUCGUCACGUUUCGUAAAUCUCUCGGCUAUAUAUAAUUUAUUGUGUAUUUAUUUAUAUGGGUCUCAUAGUAGGUGUAUCAUUUAUCAGCCUAACACGGCGGGACCGGAACGGUCCCAACCGAGUUAACCUUUUAACUCCUAUUAGUGAUCAAAACAGAAUUUCUCCUUACAAUAUCAGUACAACAUCAGUACAAUAUCAGGACAAUAUCAGCACAAUAUCAGUACAAUAUCAGUACAAUACCAUACAGACAAGUGAUGAGAAUAAGUACAGAUAUCAAUAAGGGGAUUAUUAGUUUAUCCAAGACCAAAUUCUCCAAACUAACAUCACAAGAAUUGUAUGGCAGACAGUCAGGAGAAUUCCUACUGAGAUCUUGGGUGUGAAAGGGUUAAUAGGUCUCUUGUUAGUGCAGUUCCAUAGCGUCGCAAAUUUCCGGGUUUGUAUCCUUUUUGAGCCAAUAGGAAAUAUCUUUUUUCAUAAUAAAUAAUAAAUUAGUGUUAUGUUCAAUUUCAACCAUGGCGGUUUGGGAAACACCUUAGGGGUCAAUACCGGACUUGCAGGUCUUACAGGUCUUACAGGUCUUACAAGUGUACUCCAAAACGCUCGACUGGAAACAGUCUCCUCUUAACACUUAUGAUGACAUCCGCUCAGGUUAUCAAAACGUCAGUCACUACUACAGCCAACAGUCCUUCUCAAGACUACUCUUACCCAGACGAUCACACUACACGGUGAAUCGAUAUUAAAACAUCUUACAACUGUCAGCCUUAUAACACUUGCCUCGCGAUAGAGCAAUCGGGUGAUCAAUGCGUGACUUUUUAAGUUCUUUUUAUCUCUGCUACAUUCUCUAGGUUGCUACAUUUUCCAUUCGAGACACGAGAGGACAAGUGAAGACGUUCCACGGUGAUCGAAUGCGGCACGAGCAACAUCCAGGUAAAUAUGAACAAUUUACGUAAUAGUUCUUGACUCGUCGAACUAUUGAAAUUGUUGCAAGGCGGGCUUUCUGAGUAAAUGAGGGUGACAACGUGGCCUGAUAGCUAGUCCAUUGAACUCCGGAUUCAGUUGGGCAGGACACUUCCCUUUCAGUGCCUCUCCAACCAGGGUCCAGUUGUAUAAAUGGCGGAUAACGCUAUCCAACGGAUAAAUCGCUACCCAGCGGAUAAGUGAUGGCAAAACGUACAGCGCUAUAGGGGUUUAUCCUAUGGAUAGCGUUGUCCGACCUUCAAACAACCGGGUAGAGUUGUGUAAACUUGUACCAGUAAAUUGUCAGGGAAACCUGGUGAAAAUGAUGCUGUUAGUAACCUGCGAUAGACAAGUCUCCAUCCAUAGGUAGUAGCAGUGGUCCAAGAGAAUAAGUUUAUCAUCUCUUGCAAUGUUCCUAGUCGCAUCAUUCAACGUGCAAUUUCAAUUUGCUCCGCCUAGCUCACGUAUAAAAAAAGCGACAACAUAAGAUUUAUUAGCACAAAGUCAAAGAUGAAAGUCCAUUAUUUAGUUUAAGGGUAAGAAAACUGUGAUCCAAUUCUUUCUAAACCAGACAAGAAGUCAGAAGAAAAACUCCUCAAGUUCCGACACGAAAUUGACGGGACCUUAACGCGUAUAGGUGGGCCAAAUUUCAGCGACAUUCUCGUCAAAGAGCUACACGGUAACUUGCCAGGGGAUUACCACAAGCCACGACCCUUGCCUCCCAAACUGUUGAGGACAUCAGUUAAUGCUAGGGCUAGAGAGGGGUACUUGUACUGGUAUAUGGAGAAGCCACCACCAAAGAGUAAGUUCUGCAGUCAAGCACUUGGGAAUUCUUUGUCUCACUAGCCUGUGUAACAAUCUCUUCUGUUAACUUGAGGAAAAAUGAGAAAAGCGUAAAGCGGUAAGGGGCAGUCACGCUGUGAUGGACUUCCCAUUCGGCUCACGCUUUUGCGUGACUUCCGCUUGGCUCACUGUUAUACAGGUUGACAAAAGGCGUUAAGUCUGGUUCUUUAAGGUCACUGAUCAUUUUUUUCCUCGCUUUUCAGAGGGUACGACCAUGUUUGGCUCAGACAAAACCUUCCUUGGAUUGGGCAAAAGGUUUUUUCCCUGAUUAUGGUCUGAUCAGCUGGCUGGUUUGAACACUUGCGAUUGAAUUAACGUUGCAUCGGUGUACUGUUCAAUCGUGCAAUAUGAUAUACAUACAUUCAGCAAUAUUUUACGCGCCGUAUAAAACAAUUAAAUUGGGUAUUAAUAGAGGUGUAAGUUCUUCAAUUCUGAUUAUACGUAGCAUGCGCAUGCAUGCAUUAAGCAGCAAGAGGAAAAAAAAGCCAGACUACAAGUGGACUAGGUCGUUUCUUCUAGAGUAAAAUAAGAUUUCCGGAAUCAUUUCAAAAACAAUUAAGAAUACUAAUUGGUUAAUGGUUUUCUCUUGUUUGUUUUUAAAUUAGUAAAAUACGUGAAAAUCCUCUUCUCACGAGAUCAUAACAAUAAGCUUGGCGUACUGUAAAUAGCGUCGACAGAGUACGCCCGUCAACUAGGAAAGGGCGAACCUCCAUGCAUGCGAUCACUAAGCAAAUGAUUGAAUUAUCAGAUGAACCGUCACAUCUGUAAUAUAUUAACAUCUCCAGUCCUAAUACAUGUGGUUGGUUGUAGUCGAUGCGAAACCGGCAGCGAGAGCACGCGAAUUGCAUGCGAUGAACGUAAACAAAAAUUGUUCCGAGGGAAUAAUGCUGCUAGAUUUCAAGAGUUUAAAUGCUUUUUCUUUUUAUUAGUAAAGAUCAAGUUUAAUCUACUGUUUGUAGUUUGUCUCCUAACAAAAUUCAACGCAAUUAUUAUACCUAGACCCUUUAGGACUACUACACUUGUAAAGGUCACAGUUUACCCUGAAACAGAAUAUGAUUCGGUCAUUCACCUUCCUGUACUUUAUACUUUAUUGUGACCAAUGCAGUCUUGUGUGGUGCUUUCUGUCUUUUUUGGUGUUGCAACCUGAUACGUCACAUAUUGAACAUCCUUUUGGGACGAACAUGAUUGAUUGAAAUGUAUUUAACUGGUAAUUCCGCUGAUAGAAAUUCUCGACUGAAUCGCCAAAGUGAUUAUAAUGGACGUAACAGGGUUGUCUAGGAGUUAAAACAUCAUUAACGAAAUUUAUCGGUAGUCGUCACUCCACGGUUCCUCCCAUUGCUCGAGCACCUUUAAAAUUCUUGUGCUUCCGUUUUGUCCCGUCAAAUGAUAGUGCGCUAAGAAGAAAACUAUGCGCUUAAAACUAUAUGUCCUAAUCAAAUAAGGAUUGAUCACUUUAUCAGAGGAUAUGAUGGGAUAUUUGUAAAGUGAUUUGUUGUAAGCAUAUUUCCGGAUCAGUUGCAACAACUUAGAAGUCCAUAAAUAUCUUUGAAGUAAUUCAAAUUCUCAGCAGGGAUGUAGGGAUGUUAAUAUUUUCGAACUUUAUCACGAUAAUUCAAAAUAAAAAAAGAAAUUCGUCACCCAAAUGAAACUUUGUAACAUAUGGUUGUAUUAUGGCUCACUGUGGUUAAUAAUCCUGUCUGUGUCAAGUCAGG